GACCAAUCGUCUAAUGCAAUCGAAAAGAAUCAAGAAAAUGAAACACAAGGUUUGGACUCUAGUGUUCAGGAUGAUUCUAACAUCGAAAAUCUUAAGAAACAAUCUAUGAAUAAUUCACAGUUAAACACAGCAGAAAUAACAAUUCAAGAAAACUGUAUGCAAAAUUCAAGUACUGAUAUAGA